AUGGAUGGCUCAAAAGAGAAGAUCAUCCUGAAUGUUGGAGGAAUCAGACAUGAGACGUACUGCAGCACCCUCCGGACCUUCCCAGGGACCAAGCUCUGCAGCCUCACAGAGCCCAAUGCCAGCACACUAUAUGAUUAUAACCCUACCACCAAAGAAUUCUUCUUUGACAGGAGUGCUCAGCUCUUUGGCUAUGUGUUGAGCUAUUACAGGACCAAACACCUCCAUUGUCCUGUAGACACCUGCAGAUCAGUCUUAGAGGAAGAGCUGGCUUUCUGGGAGAUAAGUGAUGCACAGUUGGCACCCUGCUGUUGGCUGAAGCUGACCAACAAAGACAGCCAGCCGGAGGAAUUUAAUGUUUGGGAUGAGAACGAACAUGCUGAUGACCAGUGCCUCAUAGUCCAGGUGGAAAGAAGGGAUUUCAGCUGGAGGGCCAGGUGGCAGCCAAAGAUCUGGUCUAUCUUUGAAAAGCCCUUUUCCUCUUUAAGUGCCAAGUGCCUGGCUAUUAUUUCUCUGCUGUUCAUCAUUGGAAUCGUCAUUAUAUUCUGUGAGGAGACUAAGGCACAGUACGAGUACUCUGCUGCUAACUUGACCAUUUUCGGCCAUUCCGACGUAAUGCACAGCAUCCAUGAGCCUUAUUAUCACCAGGCCCCUUACCUGCUCCACCUGGAGCUGUUCUGUGUCCUCUGGUUCACUUUUGAGUUUUCCAUGCGAUUUUUCUUCUGUCCAGACAAAAAGAAAUUCCUCAGGAAUCCUCUGAAUGUGGCUGAUUUCCUCUCCCUCUUCCCAGUUUACAUUGAACUCUUCACCGCCGAGCAGAUUCAGAAAAUGCCUAGCCUAGCGCUUUGGCUGGGUUUUGUCCGCGUAGUCUACCUCCUCAAACUCCUGAAGAUAUUCAAGCUAAUAGAGACCCCUCUGAUCCUGAGAGUCCUGUCCUACACGCUCAAGUCCAUCAUCCGAGAGAUCUGCUUCCUGCUGAUGAUCCUGGCCUUUGAAACCCUCUUCUUUGGUUCUCUCUUUUUCUAUAGCGAGUUGCUGGGUAUUCAUUCUUCUUACCGGGCAGAUUUGCACUUCACAGACAUUAACAUUUGCUUCUGGUGGGCUCUGAUCACGCUAACCACUGUGGGCUAUGGUGACAUCAUCCCUCUCACCAUCUUUGGCCAGGUGAUGGCAGCCUUUGCUGCAAUAUUUGGCAUGUUAACUAUUAUCAUUCCAAUCCCCAUUUUCCUGGUCAAGUUUAAGGGCUAUUAUGCCACUGCCAUAACCAAACAGAAGCUGAAAAUGAGCAAAAAGCAAUAA